UAUUUUCGCAUUACUGUAUCAAUACAUUUUCAAGCUGGCUAGUGAUAAGAAUAUAUAAAAUUAUCAGCUAGAAAAAUACUGACUUGUUUUUUUUGCCACAUUCUCAGAACUGAAAAAAAAAAAGUUCGGCAAUUAGUAAAAAAACUGAGCUUAUGUUUCGAGCUUUACUUAAAAAAAAAAUCGAUUUACUUCCAUGAAUAUCAUUGAUUGUCUUAAAAGGGGAAAAUGCUAUCAAAUGGUAAGUGUUUACAAACCUUAGUGGACAUCAUUUUCCGCCUUCUCAACUAGCCGAGGUCGAUGUCUGGCUGCAUAACUCUUUCACCUUAAAGAAAUUUUGCAUCCAAAUCCCCAUUACCGUACUCAUACUUUUCCUACAAUUUAACUGAAUCUGUUUCAAAAUCGAAACAUUUUUGCCGAUACCUUCAGAGUGUACCGUAUGGUGCAUUAUGCCAAUCACUGUGUUUGUGGCACUAAAAUGGUCUUGAAAAGAUCUAAAUGGAAGUAUUAAAUUGUACCUAGCACCAAUCACUCACUCACUCAUUUUUUUCGCUCCUGUCAGUGGAACAUGAGGCUACAACCUCGCGCCACUAUGUGAUGAGAAUUCUACCUGAAUUGAGCCUGACGCUGAGGUCCAGUGUAUGGGACAUGCUUUACGGUAUAUAGUCGGAGGAAUAUAACUUGCGACACCUUUAACAUUGCAGUUCUGAGGAAGGUGGACAGAAGCCACCGAGAUUCAUAACAGAAAAAAAAAAGAUUUCAAAGACCUUAAAGAUGUCUAUCAUCGAUUGCAACACUGGAAGUAGCAUGGUUUUAUAUAUUUAGUACCUUUGUAUCUUUUUACGUCCCAUUUGAUAGCUAUAACCUUGUUCAGUUUUGAUAAAUACCUUUCUACUGAUUUAUCAUACAGUGGGCACCGGGUUAUAAUUUUUAUCAAUUUACGAAAACAGGAAAAGGGCCAUUUGUGGUAGAAUUGAACAGAAUAAAAGGUAAAUGAGAACUAUAACAUAACUACUGUACACCUGGGAUUUGGGGGAUGGUGGACAAGGAGCUAGAAGGCGGAAGUCAAGUGAGAUGUUGUAAAACUUAUCGACUAGAAGCUUCAUUCGGGUUCCAGCUUUUUGUUAUGGAUCAAGGCCCUGUUAACUGAAGACGGACCUUGUUUGUUUGGUUUAUGAAACAUUUUCACUGCGGUGUGAGAACUAGCUAUCCAAGAUUCCAGUCAAACAUUCUGCAACAUUUUUUAUUUUUAAACAGCUCACAGAGACGCCAAUGAACGAUGAUUUUAACAGUCUCAGAUAUUUUUCGACCGUUUUUUAAUUCGCCUGGUGGCUAACAGCUAACAGCCAAUCAAAAGUCCACACUACAAAUAUCAUUCACCUGUCAGGUUUUCAGACUUACUCUCAUUUCCGAUCCGUUCAACUCAUCAAGUCCUAAACUCUGACUCGCGCGAGAAGGUAACGUUGUUAGUCAACAACCACGAAACUCCUCCCGGAUGAAUUGAUUUUACCGGCAUUGUUGUAGUCUCGAGCUCCUUUUCAGUUAUAUCAAGCUUUUGUGAGAUAACAAUCACCAACAGACCGGCCAGAGCUACACAGAGCAAGCCAAAAUGAGACUAUUUACAUUCCCGUUGUACCUCUUGGUAUUGCUUUCUGCGAUCACGUGGCAGGUGUGUUGUGAACAGAAAGUGGGUAAAAUUCGUCAUCUCUGCGGCGGUAGCUUUAGAGUAAUAUGGGAACAAUGCUGUGGGCAUCGAUGUGGAGUACAUGCGCACAAGCGAGCACUUGGAGAAACGAUGUCGGCUCAAAAAGCCAGUAGUUUUCUUAAGUCUACGUCCAGUCAUAUGUUAAAGCGAAGAUCACUGGAUGAUGCAGUGGAGGAAUGCUGUAAUGAAGGCUGCACCAUAGAAGAAGUCAGCGAAUAUAAAUGUUAAAUAACUGUCAGGUGUACCAUAGAGUGUUGCAGUAAAACUAUUUUUAUUACACCGCUUAA